CGAAUAUACUAACGGGAAAACUAUAUUUUGAAAUAACUUUAAAAAUACUUAUUUAUAAUAUUCAUAAAGAAUUUUCAAAGAUAUAAAAAUGUUGCGUAUACCGGGCAUGCCUUUUUUACCGGGCACGGUAUUUAGAGAUAUAACCAAAACCCACUUUCCCAAACAUCAACAUCUUAUGCACCAUAAAGGCGUUAGCAUGUUGUCGGAUCGUAAGCCACCAGGUUUAGUAGAUGCCACUGGUAUGAUUGUCGAUCCUAAUUGUCCACCCGUGCAAAUACCUUCAAUAUAUCCACCCAAAGUUGGACCUAAACUACCACCUUGGAUAGCUUACGACAAACAAGUGCUUUGUUUCAAUGCCUACUUUAAGGAAACUCUUCAAGAAGUCUAUCACUGCCCCUAUCAAGUGAGAAAAGUUAAGAUAAUGUAUUACUUGGAAGAUGGCACUAUACAGAUAAUCGAACCUAAGGUUAAAAAUUCCGGUAUACCACAAGGAUGUUUGGUACAUCGUCAACGCAUACCGAAACCGGCACCUUGUCAAAUGGAUUUUAUAUCGAUUUUAGAUUUAAAUGUUGAUACCACAAUCGAGAUAUUCGAUAGGGUUUAUCAUAUAACGUCAUGUGAUAAAUUCACGCGUCAUUUUCUCAAUAAGUCUGGUAUACCAGUGCCAGAUCCAGUGGAUGAACCAGUAGAUCCCUCCACAGAAAUGCGUAAAAGAUCUGGCAUUAAAAUAAGCAACCCCAUUCAAAAGAAACAUUCAUUUGCACAAUUUUUAGAAUACGAUAGAAUGGUUUUAAAAUUCCAGGGCUACUGGGAUGAUCGUUCUGAAUUUGGGGAUGUAAGGAAACUAGAAGUGUGUUACUAUCUAUCAGACGAUACCAUAGAUAUCAAAGAACAUUUUCCUCGUAAUUCGGGUCGAGAGGGACCCUCAACAUUUUUGAAAAGAACCAAAUUGCCCAGGGAGUUUAGUGGUCUACCUUUACCGGGUCAACAAACUCCCCAAAGUUUGUUAAAUGUAUUGGGCACCAAUAUGCGUAAUGUACGCUAUGUAACCGAUCCUCUAGAUGCUGGACGCAAAGAAACCUUAUAUUACUCUGAUAAAGAUUUACAAAUUGGUACGGUAUUAAAUGUUUAUGGCAGAGCAGUGGUUUUAACCGAUUGCGAUGAAUUCACCAGAAAUUAUUACCGCAAAAAAUAUGGCAUAGAAGAUUUCAGUCCAGCUCAGGUGCCCUCACGUUCAGACGAUUUUGUGCCUGCUAAACCACGUCAACGUAUUUUACCUCCUUACAAUGGUUGGGGUUCGUAUGAAGAUUCCGAGGGUAAUUGCACUUCGGUGGAACCCAAACCACCUCAAGCUGAUUUUAAGAAAUUCAUACAAUUGGAUCGUUAUGUUCUGCGUUUCGGAGCCAAAAUGCUUUCGACCAUUAAGGAGAAUUGUGAGCGAGUUUUUAUUAUUUCCUAUUAUUUGUCGGAUGAUACAAUACAAAUAUUUGAAAUUGCUGCCAGAAACUCUGGUUUCUUGGGUGGUGAAUUUUUAAAACGUACCCGCAUACAAUUGCCGGGUCAAAUGAAAUUCACUCCCAGAAGACCACAAUAUUAUCAGCCGUAUAAUUUCUAUAUUGGUGGCACUGUCAGUUUGAAGGAUCAUAUAUUCCAUAUAGUAUCGGCUGAUGAGUAUACUUUAAUUUAUAUGGAACAUCAUCCUAAUCAGUUCCCUCUAGCCGACGUCAGAACAAUAAUGAACAAAGUACGAGAAGCUUUGCGCCAAAAUUACAAAGAUUUCGUAUGCAAAUGUCUAACGGAUGGAGGUGAUGGCGAUCAUAACGUAAAUCGCUUCGUUGGUUACGAAACUAUAAAGCAAGCGCUGGUCCAUGCUUUGGGUGAUAACAUCACCAAUCAUGAAAUUAUUACCUUAUGUCGUCAUUUUUCAGCUGAACAGAUACCUCCUAGCACAUGUAAUAGAGACACUAUACGAGCUGCUGUACAUCUCGAACUCAAACGCAGUUUAUGGAAUGCCAUGGAUGAGCUUAAAGAGCAUUUAUUCCAUAUUAAUCCCUUGAAUAAAGCAUUUUUGGCUGAAGUUAAAUUGAGAUCAGUAUUGAAAGGCUGUCGCUUACCAUUCACUCAGGAACUAAUCGACAAUAUAAUGAUGGUAUUGAAUAGAAAUGAUUGUGACGAAAUAGAAGUGUGCGAUUUUCUCAAUUUCCUGGAUUUGGGUUGUGGCAAGACAUCAGAUAUAACUCCGGUUAAUUUAGCAUUUGAGCUGUGUCCCAAAAUUCCAUUCUUGCACAAAGGUAGAUUGAUUAAUUUCCAAUGUUUCCUAGAUCAUUUGGGUUUGGAAGAGACUCUCAAAAAGGAUGGUGAAUAAUGCAAAUCAAAUUCCUUGUAAUUUGUCCAUGAGGCACUCACUAUCUUAAAUAAAUUCUUCAUGUUUUAUACAAAAAUUCUUAAAAACACUUUUUAUUGUGAAACUUUAAAAACAAAAAAUGAUUAAUUAAUAAUUAACUAUAUAAAAAAAGGAAUGAUUUUCGUUCUAAUGCACAAUUACUUUAAAGUAUUAAGACAUUUUUUUUACUCCACAGUCACAAUACAGAUGACAUCACACUUAUUUAUAACAAUUAAAAGGAUUGUGUUACAAAUAGCUCUCCAUUCCACCCAGCUGCUACAUUUAGAAUUUGAUUAUUAUUUUUUUGUUUUAUUUCUUUUACAAUUUGGAUUCAGUUAGCCAAUUAAACGAUUGUGGUUUUCUGUCAGAUGCAGGGCUAAUAGCCACAUUAAUAAUGGUUGGUUGAUUUUUCAAUUUUUGU